AUGACGUCGACGCCAAAGUCAUUUGGAGGCGGGUUUUGGAAGAAGAGAGCAGACGGCUCCCCAUCCAAGAUCCGUGCCGUCACCACAUCGUCCAAACGAAAUGGGUUCCAGGACUUUGAUGAUGACAUGAGCGAGGCCUGGAGCGUGGUUGAAGACGACCUUAUCCUCUCCCACACACCAACAACCGGGCCAUCUGCGUCAUCGUCCACUGGAGUGCCGCCGCCAUCACGCCCACACGGUGCAUCGUCGGCAUCGCCGCCGGCUCCCCACUCGUCGUCAUCGCUGUCGUCGUCCUCACCCCCACAUCCAUCAGCAGCGACACAGCGGCAGCCGCAGACGUCUUCAUCAGUUAAACAAACACAGGUGCAGCCGCAGCAGCAGCAGCAGCAGCAGCAGCAACCAGCAGCGUCUUCGUCAAGUACAGCCCCACAUGCGGCAGGGCAUCAGACAUCUCAGCAGCAGCAACAACAGCAACAAGAAGCACCACAGUCUGUGCUGCAGACGGGUCUGCUGUCACCGUCACUGAUGCCAGCACCACCGGCAGACACACCCGAUCUGCCGCAGACACCAGCCACGCGUGGCACAUCAGCAAGAACAACAGGAGCAGAACAACAACACAAAGACAGAAGGGAGGGUAAAGAAGACGGGAGUGAAGAACAAGAGAAGAAGAAGCAGCAGCAGCAGCAAGAGCAGGACGAAGGGCGGUUGAAGAGGCAGUCUAGCAAUUCACGUGUCGGUGUGGUGCCCGGGAGCGUGAUGCCUGUGACCAGAUUUACGCUCCCAGGCGAGGUCAAGUCACGCGCAGAGAUGAAGAUUGGCCAGUUUGAAAAGGCUCUGAAUAGUGGCAACAUCGACAUUGAGAGGUUGAAGCGGUUGAGCUGGUCCGGUGUUCCGUCACAGAUCCGCCCGAUGGUCUGGCGCCUACUCUGCGGGUAUCUGCCUGCGAAUCUUGAGCGGCGACAGGCGACGCUGGAGCGAAAGCGAGAGGAGUACAAGGCGCUCGUUCACCGCUACUACGACACCAGACACGACGCAGAGAACAAGAAAACUUUCCACCAAAUUCAAAUUGAUGUUCCACGCACAAGUCCUGAUGUCGCCACAUUCCAGCAGCCCGUCGUGCAAGAGAUGCUUGAGCGCAUCCUGUACAUCUGGGCCAUCCGCCACCCCGGCAGCGGAUAUGUGCAGGGCAUGAACGACCUUGUCACGCCAUUCAUCGCCGUCUUCAUUGACGACGUCCUCGAUUGCGACUUUGCCGUGUGCGACGUGACCACUGUCCCACCGGUGCUGCUGGCGGAUGUGGAGGCAGACAGCUUCUGGUGCCUCUCACGUCUGCUGGACGGUAUUCAGGACAACUACACGACUGCACAGCCGGGCAUCCACCACAAGAUUGCCCGUUUGCAGGACGUCAUCAAACGCAUCGACCGCGAUCUGUUUGACCAUCUUGAGUCGACGGGUGUGCUGUUUGUGCAGUUCGCCUUUCGAUGGAUCAACUGCCUUCUCAUGCGCGAACUCCCUCUUCACUGCACCAUCAGACUCUGGGACACGUGUUUGUCGGAAAAGGAUGGCUUUGCGUCGUUCCACGUGUAUGUGUGCGCGGCGUUUCUGAAGAUGUUUUCAAAACAGCUCCAGGCCAGGGAUGACUUCCAGUCGCUGUUGUAUGGACUGCAGAAUCUGCCCACGUCGACGUGGGGCUUUGAUGAGAUUGAGUUGGUGUUGGCUGAGGCGUUCACGCUCCAGUCUGUCUUUGACGACUCAAGGGCUCACCUCACCGCCAAACAAUGA